AGAUUGUUGAAUCGCAGCUUUUCAUCAACAACCAUGCUAGAAUCUGCAACUAAAAAGAAGACCUCAUCAUCAUCAUCAUCAUCAUCAUCAUCAUCAUCCGUGAUGCCAGACUGGUCUCGUCUACCAGAGGAGCUACUGAACAUUGUAUCAAAGAAUGUGGAGGACUGUUUUGAUAUUGUUCAUGCUCGCUCUGUUUGCAACUUUUGGCGAUCCACAUUUCCUCCUCCUUGCAUGUUAGGCCGACAAAGUUACUCUCUUCCUUCCUUCGCCAACUUACCUAAAGAAAGCAAAGACUUGUGCACCCUUGAGAAGACCCCUUUGUUCCUCUUUAAAGCCCAAACUCCUCCUCAUGCAUCGGCUUCUGAGUAUUUUCUAGGUGGGAUACGCCGAGAUGAGUCAGAGGACCAAACAGAGCUUCCAUCUCCUAUUCAGUGUUCAGUGAAAGUGAAGAUCCCAGGAUCUGACCCAACUUUGAUGAACAUGCGUGACGGCCAGAUCCUCCCUCUUGGCCAUCAUUACAGAAUGACCGGUUGUGGUUCUAAAGACUACAGUGCCCUAGCUGUUCUUCAGCUACAGGAGGAGGGAAGAGAAGAAUUCAUUGUGCUUCUCGGCUUCAGAAGUUUUUUUCUGGCGUUGAGAAGUUCUGAAAUGAAGUGGAAGCUGGUAAUGGGAUUCGUAGCUCCUUUAUCUGACGAGAUAGUAACUUUCAGACGCAGUUUUUAUGUAAUCCUUGGUGAUGCGAGUAGGACUAUGAUGCACACUUUCAGAGUCGAUCCUUUCUCGUUGCGCAUGACUCCCCUGAUGCCCGUGAAGCCUAUGGUCUCGGUAAAAUAUCUGGUGCCAUGUGGCAACGAUGAAGAACUUUUCAUGGUUGAGAAAUUCAUCUCUCAUUCUAAUGCAUCAGAUUUGAGUCGGUCCACAUGCAUAGUGUGUAGGCUACGUGAGGAGACUGGUCUAUGGGUUGAGGUCAGUGACUUAGGAGACCGGGUGUUGUUUAUUGGACGCUUUGGAAAUGUCUCAUGCUCGGCUAAGGAGCUUCCUGAUGGUUGUGGUGUGAGUGGGAACUCAAUUCUGUUCACAAAUGAGUCAGACAAUGGAACAUACGCCUAUAAAUAUGGAGUGGAUACAGGAAGAGUGGAAGAUGAUCCUAACUGUUGGAGGUUCUCAGGAGAGAAUCGUGUGACGAUCCUCAGUACAUCUCCCGUGGUGAGUUUCCGUGUUGAACACUAAGCGGUAUAAAUUUUACAUUGGACUUGGUCAUCUGUUGGUGUUGUUUUUAUUUGUUGAAAAACAAUGUUUUUUAUCGGACUUAG